AUGGAACAGCAAACACAAGACAAUGACCACGACACCAAGAACCAUGGCUCUUCCUCCUCCUCCUCUUCCCCGGUCGCAACCGAACCGGCCCGGACACGUUGGUCACCUAAACCGGAGCAAAUCCUCUUGCUCGAAUCGAUCUUUAACAGCGGUAUGGUUAACCCACCAAAAGAUGAGACCGUGAGAAUUAGAAAGAUGCUCGAGAAAUUCGGAGCCGUGGGGGAUGCAACACUGAGAAGAUCUUGGCCCGUUAAACCCCGCCGGAAGCAGCGGCAGCUCCAGGCUGCGGCGGCGGAGGCGGCGACCGCAUCUUCCGCCGGAGCAAGCUCUCCGGUGAGCCUCCAGGCGAACCAGCAAGGAAGUGUCAUCUCCGGUGAUGGAAAUCUGUACCAUUUGGGGUUUGGAGGAAGUUGUGGUCAUUAUUUUGCUGCUCCACAAUCUCAUGUCCCUUCGUUUUUUCUCGGACUUUCACCGUCGUCUUCUUCGGGUUCGUCUUCGUCAGGCUCUUCCUCUUCCUCUUCUUCGUCUUCUGGUGUUAAUGCCAUGGAGAAUCUCUUCACAAUGCCUUGCCAGAUGGGUUACAACGAGACUGAUCAUCAACAGCACACAUCCAAUGUUUCUUCAAUUUUGUGCCCAGCUGAUCAAAACCCAGAUGUUCAAUUCCAACAGGGGAUGAUAACGGUGUUCAUCAACGGAGUUCCGACACAAGUGCCAAGAGGGCCAAUCCACAUGAAAGCGAUGUUUGGUGGAGAUCUGGUGCUGCUUCAUUCGUCGGGAGUUCCUCUUCCGACUGAUGUGUUUGGGUUCUUGAUGCAUCCCUUGCAACAUGGCGAUGCUUAUUUCCUGGUUCCGAGACAGAUAUGAACCGGCUGUGCUCGUGUUAGGCGGUGAUGCAACAGAUACCUUGUUAUACAACCUGCCUUUGUUCCUAAUCCUACGGUCCAAUUUUCUUCACUGUUCAUUUGUCGGUCUGCUCUAAGUCUCUGUCGUCAGUUCAGUUUGAUAGUUAAAAAUAACUCUUCCGAAUAAGGCGAAGCGGUUUAGUUUGUAACCAGUUAGAGAUUUAUGAAAAAAGUAUACACACA